AUCAACAUUGAGCAUUUGCGGAGCAGUAAGCUCGAGAGGAAGCCGUCGCCGCCGCCGGUCGUGUGCACGCAUUUGGCCGCCGCCACCACCGUGUGUGUUCUGUGUGACUGUUGUUGUGUGAGUGUGUGUGGGACAUCUCUGAGGGUGAAAUCGAAGGCUUUGCACUGUUCCGAUACAUGGCAAAGAAUUUUACAUAUCAGAAAGAAUUAGAAUAAAAAUCUCAGGACAAGGAUCAUUCAAAACAGGAUCACCGCUGCCUGUCCGAACUGAUAUUUUUUCACUCGCAUAAAGAAAGACGAUGCUGACGUGACCGCAGCGAGGAGAGACGGGUUCUUCAGACUAAUCGCACAAAAAUGUUGAUGAUGAAGCUGUCUUCCAUCGUGACGCUUUUGGCCGUCUCCGCCGCAGUCGUCGCUCUCGAUGGCGGAGAUUUUGCCUUCGACGUCGUCGACGACUUCGAGGUGGACUUUGACCAGGAAACCGACAAGAAAUCCUUCGGACAGUACGACAGAGUUGUCGCAACAGUCGGAAAGGUUUUCCAUCUUACCGUACCCAAAGUGGACUUGCCUAGUUCAGAUAAAUCCAUUAUAUAUGAGGCUAAAAGUCACGACACAAAAUUGCUUCCGUCGUGGCUCCUGUUUGAUAAGACUGCCGGCUCAUUCUGGGGACUGCCUUUGUCCGAAGACAUCGCCGAAAUUCAUAUAGUAAUCCGAAUUUACGGUCGACCAGAGUAUACAGUCAGGGAAUUUACACUGGUUGUGGAGGAGGAAGAAGGAGGAAGUAACUCGUGUUCGGAUAGGGAGGAAGGCACGAUACUCUCGUUAGUCAUCGACAAGGAUGUUAUAGCUUUGAAACCUAAGCAGCGCGUAGUCGCUGUCAAUAGCGUAGCCAAAUUCUUUGGAUUACCAUACAGUGCAUUCAAAUUGCAUCCACUUGAAGAACCAGAUGAUUUGCUCGAUAGUUCAGUUGUAUCUGCUGGACCGGGUGAUGUAUCUGCAAAGACGUCGAAGGUUUCCAGCAGUGUCGAGGUGAACGUUGGGUGUAACGGUCGCCUGUGGUCGAAAACCUCGACGAUCGUCCAUCAAUUGAAGCAGCAAGCCAAGGAUGGUACCAUAUCAGAAGUGAUGGGACUACCAUUAAUCGGAUGGCGGGUCAAGACGCAAAGUAGAUCAAUCAGGCGUAUACGACGUCAAGCGGAGCUAGGAAGCGGCGAUUAUGAGGCUUACGACGAAGAAGAUGAGUACGAUAAUUACGAUGACGGUGAGUACGAUGACUACAGUACCAAUGAAGAAGUAGCGCCUCCACCGAAAGUUACGACGCCUAAAUCUACAACGACUUCGACUUCUAAGGCUACCACUACUACUACAACCACUACCACAACUACCGCUGCUCCAAUUACCACCACUAAAUACAUCACUACUACACCUGAGCCUACUUCCACGCACCAUCAUAGACAUCACCAUGGCCAAGUUGAUGCAACAACGAAAGCUACAACUACGACAUCUACAACCACUACAUCCGCUCCGAUCACAGCAGAAGUGACGGCUCCACCUAGAACUCUAGAGACUACAACUCCAACCCUAACAUCGAAAGUCAAUAGUGAGAACGUCGACGACUUUUACGAUGAUUACGAUGACGAAGAUGAUGACGAUGAUGAUGCGGAGAGCGAAACCAUAGUUCCUGACACCAAGACCGAAGAUAAAUUCGAAAUCGUAGUGGACACUGAACCACCGACUGUGGAAGUGACCAGUCAAAAGGCUCAAACUGUUGAAACUGUACCCGAAACUACUCCGAUGAUUACAACAACUACAAGCACUACCACCACCACAACUCCUCUUCCUACUACAACAGUUUUGACUACUCCUACCACUACACCUACUACAACAACAACUACUACUACAACAACAACAACAACUCCAGCACCAACAACUACUGUACCAACAACAACAACUGAAACAACAACAACAUUAAAAGAACUGCCAACUACCGAAGAAGAAUUCUUUUCGACAAUACCUCCAACGACGAUUCCACCUGAAACUACGUUCGUCGCGUCCACUACUACGACUGAAAAGACGACGACUACAGAGGAACAGCAAGAGACAACGACUACUGUUAGACAGACCACCGCCAGACACGUAACAACAACCACCAGGCCUACAACGACGACACCCACUUAUCGCGCUACGGAAACCAUCGAAUACGAGAUGAAGAAUUUCCCUCCGAUUAUCCAAAAUCGUUUGAAACGUAUCGCGACCACCGCCGGCAAGAUGUUCAGUUACAUCGUUCCAGAAAACACGUUCAGUGACAUCGAGGACGGUUACAAUCUGAUAUUGGAAUUGCUGGACAACGAAGCGAAACCACUGAACAAGUCUUCUUGGUGUCAGUUCAAUCCAAUGACUAGGGAGAUUUACGGACUUCCACUUGAGGAAGAUAUUUCCCGUUGGGAGUACAUUUUGAAAGCAACCGAUAAAGAGGGUGCAUCCGUCGUUGAUCCGGUCGAGAUUCUUGUGCAGCAUCACAAAUCUAGACGCGUCGUAAACCACGAGUUCUCGUUGUACAUGCACAUCGAGAAGAAAUGGAACUUCCCUCACGACGUGGACUGGCCUCUAAAGACGCUACGAGGAAUCGGACAAUUGUAUAACUCAAAUCUAACGGACAUCAUAGUCAGAAGGGUUAAUUACACCGUUGAACCCGUUGUUUUCGUUUGGACAAACGAAUCUUUACCAAAAAGCUAUUGUCCUUCAGAUGAAAUCAAAGAACUGUUUGAGGUGUUAACAGCGAACAAUGAAGGUGAUCCGUCUCACGCACUGACUAGAGUUUUGGUUCCCGAAUUGCGGGUAAAGAAGGUGAUGUAUCAUGGAUUAGGGGUGUGCGAGACGAAACCUCGUCCACCGCCUCUCGUACCUAUUACGCCGCCGACGAACUUUUCUCCGAUCCUACGGAAUCCUGUUGAUCACAUCAACGCAACAGUUGGGGAGCUGCUCGUCUUUAAAGUGCCAGACGACACUUUCUACGAUCCCGAGGACGUGGACUCGCGCAAUCUGAAGAUGUCCCUGCUCACCGUCGACAGGCAACAGAUCUCUUCGGAUCACUGGCUGCAGUUCGACAGUAAAAACAAGGAGUUUUACGGAAUUCCUCUGCCCGAGGACGUCGGUCGCAGCGAAUAUCAAUUGGUAUGCGAAGACAGCGGUGGAUUACCGGCGAGCGACAGUCUCGUCGUCGUGGUGCACGCGCCACCUAAAUUGCAGUACAACGUGGAAUUCAGCAUGACCUUGGAAACACCGUACGAGACAUUCGUGAACAGCGCUAGCUUGCAGAGAAAGUUCAUUGAAAAACUGCAGGAACUUUUCGGAGAUCAGAACACGAGCUACGUACAUUUGAGCACGAUAAGCCGCGGCUCGACAAUCGUCAGUUGGUACAACAGAUCGUUAAGUCUGUCGGAAUGUCCGAGGGCUGAAAUCAAAGUGCUCGAAUCGAUUUUGGUGAACAACGAUCGCACCAUCGCCGGACGGGUGCAGGACGUGAUGGACCCCGAGUUCACGGUGUCCACGAUCAAGUUGCAGUUGAUUGGAUCGUGCAAGGGUAGACCGAACAUCCAAUCGCCUACAAGCAAAGGCGUCCCCGUCGAAGAACCGCCACUCUCUGAUCACGAAGACUACAUGAUCACGUUCAUCGUUCCCGCCGUCAUAAUAUCCGUGAUGCUCUUGUUGGCCGGCAUCGCGGCCUGCGUCCUCUACAGACGCAGGAGAACCGGGAAAAUGAACGUGGAAGAGGACGGACGAUCCAGUUACGGCAACAAAGGCAUUCCGGUCAUCUUCCAGGAAGAAUUGGAAGAGAAACCAGAACCAGCAGGUACAAAGGCCCCGAUAAUCCUGAAGGACGAGAAACCGCCGCUGGCGCCGCCCGAGUACAGCAAGAGCGGAUCUCUAAAACUGACAGAUGACUCGGCCGAGCCGUACCAGCCGCCUCCGCCGCCUUUCACUAGGCCCCAGGACAACGGGCGCCAAUCCCGUCCCAAGGCCACACCGACCUACAGAAAACCACCACCUUUAAAUUUUAAAUGGCAGUAGGAAACGGGACGAGGAAGAAUAUCGGGAUUUAAAGUAAUCUAAAUUUUAGAAAGAGAACAAAUACAAAAAGAAAACACUUGCGUACAAUCAAUAUAUGUGUAUUAUAGUAAUUAAAAGUUGACAAAGAUGAGAUUGUUGUAGGAUUCGUUUCAAUUUGAAACGAGAGAUUGAAGAGAGAUUUUCGGUAACGAAUCCGUUGGAAAUCAACGAAGCAAAAGAAUUAAUUAACGUCAAUCCGCGUAUUUCCAUAUUGAAUUUUUGUCAUUCGUUUCAAACACCAAAAUAAAAUCGUUUCUUCCUACGUUUUUUUAUUUUUCUUUUUCGCU